CAGGAGGCCACAGGGACUUGAGGCGGCUCUGCUUCCUGUUUCUCCUUUCUUCAUGACCCCUUGGCCAGAGAUCUUAGAUCAGGGCUGAGGGGCCAGCAUGUCCCCCACAGUCAGCUCUCUGCUGUGCCUUGGGCUGUGUCUGAGCCAGCAAAUCACAGCUCCAGGUGGGACACUCCUCAGACCCUCCAUUAGGGCUGUGCCCAGUUCUGUGGUCCCCAGGGGAGCAGAUGCACAUUUGUAUUGCCAGGGUCCACAGGAGAGCAGGAGCUUCCAGCUUUGGAAGGAUGAAGGAUUCAUACUCCAGAAAAAUCUCUCCAGUGGGGAGGCUGAGUUCCACCUUAAAAUUGAGGAUGCUGAUGAAGCAGGCAUCUACCAGUGCCGCUACGGGCAGGGACCCCACUGGUCAGAGUUCAGUGCCCCACUGCAGCUGGUGGUGACAGGAUUCUUCAGUAAACCAUCAUUACAAGGACAACCAGGCACAGAAGUAGCCAUAGGGGACACAGUCACCCUCCAGUGCAAGGAGAUUGUAAGGAGUAACAUUCAAAACUUGACAUUCUUUCUGCUGAAGACUGGGGUGCCAACCCCCUUACAGAGCCUAGAGGGGAAGGUGGCCAACUUUGUUCUCCCAUCUGUGAAGGCUGAGGAUGCUGGGAACUACAGCUGUAUUUACUUAGAGAAGGGCAAGAAGAGAGCAUCAGAUCACAGCGAUCCCCUAAAGUUGGAGGUGAUAGAAGGGGACCCAGGUAAAAGGAAUGCACACCCUCAGAGAGAAGGGUCCAGAAUCAUCGUUAUUGUUGCCGUCGGCUGUGUCUCCAUCUUCCUCUUCCUCCUGGUCUUUCUCUGCCACCGUCACAUCCAACGCAGGAGCUCACACAGAGACACUCCCAAGAGGCCCUCAGACAGCUUAGGUUACCCUCCACCCCCUUGCCUCACCUCCCUCCCUCCAGAGGAGACCAUAUAUGAAGAAGUAUCCAAGGGGAGACCGGUAGAGACAUGGGCCUCUAAAUCUGAAGACCCUCAGGGAGUGACAUACUCUCAGCUGAACACAGCUGCUCUCAAUGAGGGGCAGAGAGCCCCGACGUCCACAGCCCCAGGGCCCAGCAUCUAUGCCCUUCUGGCUUUGCACUGAUGGGGGAGUAGAGAGGCCUGUCACUCCAAGAAGCGGAACUGGAACUUCAGAGAUGGGGAGAGCAAUGAGGGAUGGGGAAAUGAAGACACCUGGAUUUGGCUGGAAAGACAUGGAAAUGGGUGGUCAGCCCAAGAGACCUUCCUCUUUCACUCCCCCCCACCCCUAGGGGAACAGCUGGCACAUAGGCCACAUAUAUCCCCCAGGCCUCAUGCCUUCUGACCUGUGGCACCUUCUGUGCUAGUCCAUACCAACUCCGAGUAGGUUUCUGGUGACUAGAUGACCUCUGGGAAAAAGAAACUUAAGCUUCAAGUUGUGAAACGGUUCAUGUUGGUAUCUGAAGCUUCUGCAAUACAGAUGAUUACUCAAUGAA